GACGGUAUCACCUCGUGAACGCGCAAGAGCAGCAAUGGCCGCUUUACAUCGGCGAAAUCCUAAUCUCGACGAUUUUGUCGGAUUAAACUGGAGUUGUUGGAUAGAUAGGGUGAAUAUUUUACCAUCUGACGCUGGGUCUAAUGUUGAAGACAGCAGCAAGUAUGGGAGGAACUGCUCUGAGACCAUGGCCCUCAGGAAAGAAGACAUGCACAUAUAUGGUCACUGCCCAGCACAUGAUGAGAUCUCUCUGGUGGUGUGCAGCCACUGUGGCCAGGUGGUGAAACCUCAAGCCUUUGAGAAGCACUGUGAGAGGCGGCAUGGUCCUCUCAUUAAGAUGUGUGGCCAGUCAUCAACAUUGGCUCCACAGCAGCAACCUCGUCCUGGCCGCCCUCCCGUAAAUCUGUCCUCCUCAAGACCGAGACAGAAGGAUGACAGCUGUCAUGAAGCCAGUGCCCCCUCCUCAGCAGCAAUACCUGUCCACCAGCACAAGCUUACCAAGACCCAGAAGGAGGCAUUGAGUUUUACAUCAGUGGAGAAGUUCCCUCAGGAAAACUCUCCCCUUCCACACCACUCCUCCCCCACGCCUCGCCCCAGGGUUCUUCCGUGGCACUUAGGACCCCUGCCCCCUGGCCACUCUUCUUCCUACACUUCUCUGUCAGAGAGACCCUCUGUGCAGAAGCCCACAGCUGGGCAGUCCAUUGACUCUCGCAGUCCUCCGCGGGGAACGAGAACCUACAGUCGGAUGUACAAAAACAUCAGCAAGAAAGAAUGUGACCUGAACAAACACUGCAGAGUUCUGGAUCCGGAAAGGACGAAGCUGUGCAGCCGGGAGCUUACAUGCAAUACUGAUUCCAUCCACCAGCAGCAGAAAACAAUGGGACGGACUAAGACAUUUGAUCAGUUGGCAGUGGAGCAGAGAGCUGCUUGUGCAGGUCGACAUGUGGAGCAGCUUCUCGUCAAGUCAAAAGACAUAGAGCAACAUUUGGAAGCGUUUGAAGAGAAAAUAACAACUCGGGGCAGUAAAUACAACUUAAACAGCAGCUGUCACAUUCUCAGCAGGUCUAAGGAUCCUUCAGACAUCUUUCCAGAGGAGGAAGGCGACAGCUCUGUGGAAGCGGAGGUACAGCCUCCGUAUCCCUUCAACCAGAGCCUGCUGUCAAGUGAUGAGAGUGAAGACGGUGAGCAGGAGGGAGCCUCAGACCUGCCUGCAACACCCUGGCACCCCAAACCUCUCGGGCUAUGCACUUUUGGAUGCCGCACAUUGGGUUGCAGCAUCUUCACCUUCGACCGACGUUGGCACCACCUGCGGUUUGCCCUCAGUGCCAUGUUGGAGCACCAUGUCGGCACACAUUUGUGGAAGAAAAUGCCCCAAUCAUCAGGUCUCAGGUCACGUCAUGUCACGCCUCCAGCUGUAGGGUCACCUGUCAGGACUGGGGCCAGACCUUCCAAAUCCACUGGCUCCCUCAGCCCUGAGUCUACCUCACAACAGGGAACCAAAAGCAGUCAGCACAAUUCUCACAGUACCAAACCGCCUUCUUCCACCACCUCUGGGAGCCUUGGGCCUGGCCGACGGCGCAACCCUGUUGGCCGACCCAGCAAGGCUCAGCUGAGGGAGGUGGAGCUUAUGCAAGAUGCAAGCGCAGCACCGAUAGCUGCCAAGCUUUCACAGAUCAGUGAGGAGAAAUCUUCCAAAUACAUCAGGGAACCCCCCCUCCAUGAGAAGGAACAGCCGCACUUACCCACCUCUCAAGGACCAGUAAAUGGUACCUUUUCACACGGAAAGAAGCCAUGUCCUCCUCUCCACCGCCCCCACCGCAGCAGAGGGAGGCCCCCAGGGAUUCAGCAGAAGUUGGUGGGCUAUGACCACAGGACUAUUGCCCAAAAGCGUAAAAGCAGCAAUGAGUCACAGGCCCUGAGCUCCUCACUAUCCAGAACUUCCAAGUGUCAACGCUUGUCUUCCCCUUCCCGUUCGGGCCUCCUUGCCUGGAAGGGAGAGAAUAUCGGGGAUGUGCUGGCUUGGGGUCUGGAGAAAAGGUCUGACUCCUAAAGUCCAAUGAAGAGGCCAGCCUUAAAAAGACCGCUUGGAGAAGAGUGUGUGUGUGUGUGUGUGUGUGUGUGUGUGUGUGUGUGUGUGUGUGUGUGUGUGUGUGUGUGUGUGUGUGUGUGUGUGUGUGUGUGUGUGUGUGUGUGUGUGUGUGUGU